CCACAAUAUAUUUUGGCCUUUUUUCUUUCCCAACCACCAAUACAAAUACUGGUCCAAAAGAAGACAUUUUUUGGUUCAAAUCCUUCCUUUUACUAUUGAAAAACUUAAGUAUUUUGUUCUUGCAUUCUUGUUUUAUUUGAAGAAAUUAGUUCUUGAUCCAAAAGGGUAGGUGGGAAUUUGUUGUUGGAUGCUAUAUCCUUGAUUAGUCCUUGCAAUUUUGGGAGGAAAAAAAAAAUGGCUUGUUCAUUGAAAACUGGUUUAUCUCUUUUUGGGUCAUGUGAGGGCAUUUUAGACACUACAAACAAAGGUUCUUCGAUUGGUGCUUUGCAAGUUACAGCUUUAACACCCAAAGAAUUUCUAGGCAAAUCUUUGGAUGUAUCAAAUCAGAUUGGUAUGAACCACUGGAAUGUUAAACCUCCAAGACCUAUUUCCAUUAAUGCACAAGCAUCAAUAUGUAUAAGCAAAGCUCAAAGAUGGUGGGAAAAGACCCUUAAACCCAACAUGGUAGAAAUCCAUUCUGCAAAAGAAUUAAAGGAUUCAUUGUUAAAUGCUGGGGACAGAUUGGUCAUUAUUGACUUUUAUUCACCUGGCUGUGGAGGUUGUAGGGCUUUACAUCCCAAGAUAUGUCAACUGGCUGAUUCAAACCCUGAUGCAAUUUUUCUAAAAGUAAACUAUGAAGAACUCAAAGCCAUGUGCCAUGCUCUAAGGAUACAUGUCUUACCUUUUUUCAGAUUUUAUAGGGGUGCAGAAGGCAAAGUUUGUAGCUUUAGCUGUACUAAUGCAACUAUCAAGAAAUUUAAAGAUGCAUUAGGAAGGUAUGGGACAGAUAGGUGUAGUCUUGGUCCAGCAAAAGGUCUUGAUGAAUCUGAGUUAUUAGCUUUGGCCUCAAUUGGUCAAUUAUCAAGAAAUGAAUUAUCAAUGGAUUAUCCAGUGAAGAAUGGAUUUGAAGAAUUUGUGCUAUCAGGGUUGGAUCUGUCUGAUAAUAAUUUAGGGCUAAAAGAAAGCACUGAGUUGUUGAUGGCCUAACAUGAAGGAUCUGAGUAAAAGAUUUUAGCAAAUUUUUUUUGGAGCAAAUUUGCUUUGAGAUUUGUAAUUUGUAAAUAUUUAGAUGGGUUUUCCGUAAGCAGGGCUGGGUGUUUUUUUGGAUAAGCCCUGACAUAUUUGGUCAAUCUUGUCAUUGGAUUAAAAAUAGUGAUUAUGGUGUGCAGAUUAA